CAUCCCCGCCAUGAAUCCCCACCUCGACUGCAUCCUCCACGACCUCCCUGCCCCUCCCCGCUACAGACAGCCCUUCUACCUCCCGCCCCCGCCGUCGACUGUCUAUGCAUCGAGCUCGAGCUCCCAACAAUAUGACUGGCGGUCUCAGGCACAACAUUCGACCCUCUUCGCAGGCCCACUAGCUCCCUCUAGCUGGACAAAUGCAGGGCCCUUACAUGUCCCCUCCUCUCUCUGGCCCGCGGGCCCCCCUGACUUCCUCCUCCCCUUCCACCACUACCCGACGAAGCAGUACGGCACAGGAGACUACUCGGUCGCACGAUCAGACACCUCCUCCGCCAUCUCGCGCGACAGCGACCUCUCGCCCUCCCCUGAAGUCGCAGAGGUCGUGUGCAACGCGCCCCUCGUCGCGCCCGUGCCCCUCCCGUACCACUCCCCGACGUUCCUCAUGUACGACCUCCCGGACGAGGACGAGGACCUCUCGCACCCGCCCUACACGCACCGGCCGCACAAGCGCAAGCGCGCGCGAGACGACACCGACUCGGAUGCCGAGGACGACCAAGACUCCCCUUCCUCCGACGCGCGCGGCGACAAGCACCUCGCUGCGAAACGGCGCGCGGUCGGCGCGUCGGGCGCCCCACGCUGGAAUCAGACAAGCGAAUGGGGCUCGGCGCUGCGCCACCCCGCCACGGGCUUCUCGCGGCGUAAUCGCGCGCGGUAGAGGACACGCUCCCCGCUCGGCCUUCGGGUCUCGGGGCGACGACGGGUGAUCAGCUGCCGUUCAUUCGCUCAUUCAUCUUUCACCGGGUCGGGGCGCGCGAUCGCCCGCUCGGACAUAUCCCGCAUUGUACACUACUACGCAAUCCUCACCUUCACGCAUUCAACCCAUUCGCUCCCAUUCGGUACCCGUAAACCUGGCGUGCGUCGAUUCGCUACAACUGCUGCGCGCGGCGGGCGCACGGGCACGGGCAGGGGCACGCGCCCCGGAUAUGUGACACGCUCGGAAUGUGUCGGCUUCCCCACCCUUCUUGGAGUUCUUCGCCCCAGGAAGGAGCGCGAUACCCGGAGGGGGGCGAAAAUGCGCGCAGGCGAGACGUCAGCGCCGGCACCGCCGCGCCUCGCCUCGUCUCGCCUUGGGGUCAUGUCCCGUAGCGGCGGACGCGGCAUUGUCAGUAUUACACGCAAUAUGAUUCAUGAUGAUGCAGAUGCAGCGGCAGCACCGGCGGAGACGUC